AUGUCCAAGUAUGACGAUUACCAACUUGCCUUGUUCCAACAGUGUGCUACUGAUCUGGAGGAAUCGGGCAUGAUUCAUCAACGAUUGACUCGAAAGCAACGAGAAGAAUUUGAAUCGUGGAGGUUGAAAACCGAAAUGGCUAAUGACGCCAACAAACAGCAGGAAUUAAAGGGAACAACAACAACCAGCAAAAAAGCGGCACCGGUUCCUAACAAUGUUCAGGCACGCAAAAUAGCAAGAUCUACGAUAUCGAAGGCUAUCAAAUGGCAGGCUUUGGACGACGAACGCGGAGACGACGAAUAUCAAGACGAAUAUGAAGACGAAUAUAAGGACGACGAAGCCGACGACGAGGAUGACUUGAUACAACAGAACUCGCGCAACAGAGUAGGUAGGCCUCCACGACUCAUACAAGACAAAAGAUCGAAUAUGUCAGCAAAGCGCAAGAAGGAAAGCGAUAGUAAGGAGCUCGAGGGAUGCAAACAAACAACGUUAGCUCCAUCAUCACCCAAAAAGUCUAAAAGACGCACAUCCGAGACCGACACAGUAUAUGACGAAGAUGAAGAUGUGGAGGAUCAAGCAACAACUUCAAAGCCUAGAGAUUCAAGGAAACCGAGGAAACCUACUACGAACACGGAAAAAAAGAAGGGUGUAUGUAAAAAAGGACAACGAGCACCCGCCGAAUCUCCCAAGAAGCAGGGAAGACCCACAAAAAUUAGAAAAAAAGAAAACUAUGAUGACAACGAAAAAAGCGUGUCGAGUUCUCCAUUCGCCUAUCCAUUGAAGAUCCUUCCUAACCAGCUGGUGCUCCAAGACGACCUUAUUGGUGAGGGACGGAUAGGCAGAGUUGUCACUGCAAAAUACGGUCAAUUACUCGUUGCAUGCAAGACGCGGCGGACAAACCAGCCGCGUAUCCAAUUCGAACAACGAUUAGCGCGCGAAUUAGAGUUUGCUGCCUUGCUUUCCGUUUGCAGGGCGGUGAAUCAGUAUGUCGGCGUGCUGUCCUGCAAGCGUUCAGACCUGGUAUAUAAGACGCCUCGAAAAUGCCAGCAUGGGAAAGACGAAAUCGAGCACUUUGCAGUACAGCGAUAUUAUAAACAUGGCGAUCUGUUAGAAUAUCUUGACAGCAAGAACAGUGGUCGACUACAUCCUCUGGAGAUAUUACGCAUAGCCAUCAACUUGUUUUCAGCUAUAACAGACGCACACGAUAUUGGGAUAGGCCUUGUUGACAUCAAGCGGGAAAACGUGCUGAUCGACAACUCAGGAUCGGCUGUGCUCACCGACUUUGGUUCUUGUGUACGGAUGGAUGGUGCGAAGUUUAUCAUGUUAGAAGAUACUGAAGAUGGUGUAAAUUGGACAGAUGAAGUCGCAGCACCCGAAAUGAUUGACGAACGCAAGUUCUACCUCGCUUCUGACGUGUUUAUGGGAACCGUGAUAGUGGGUGAACUCUUGAUGAGCCCAAUGAAAAGCGAAUCUUUCCAAAGCCAAGUUUUAAGACGACGACGCAGACGUGGAGUAGUCGACUUUCAAUCCGAGAUGAUACCCCUGCCACUCCGGGCGUUCUGUCCUUUAUUGCAAAUGGGAUUUCACAAUGAUCCACGCAAACGAUUGACGGCUGCAAAAGCACUGAACUUUGUGGAGCAGUUGCAUAGUGCAUCAUUCGCGGUCAGCAUGAAGCAACAAUUACGCGUAAUCUCAAAUGAAAAUACGUUCACCGAUAACCAAACCUAUACCAGCAACAACACCAGCAUACAAGAAGAAGACGACGACGACACUGAUGUCUGCAUGGCAGACCAAAGUUCACUUUCAAGCAAUGUAUCGUUAAAAGAAGUGCCGGAGUAUGGCUCUACCAUAGAUGACGGUACCAAUAAAUGGCCAGCGGAUCCACAGUGCUAUACUCUAGCACCAAUGGAUCGUGAAAAAAAUAUACAUGAUCUCCGUAUAAUGGCAGAAGCUGGCCUGAACCGCAGUGAUGGCUACGAUAGCAGGAACUCCCCCUGUGUCACUGCAGAAGACAGCGAUGGCGAGCCCGAAGAAGAUCAAGUGCAACUUAUUCCAAAUUCCCGACAUGUAGACCGACUCUCUCCACCGUUUGAUGACAACACAACAACUCAAAAAAACGCCGAAUCAUAA